AUGUUCGUUUUUUUCCCAAUUCCUACAGAUGACUGCUAUUUUGACAAGGGUCGAUGGUACAAUGGUACAGUGAAUGUCACAAAAUCUGGCCAUACCUGCCAGCGGUGGGAAGACAAGUCUCCUCAAAAACAUGAUCGCUCCCCCUUGUAUUUCCCGGAGCUGUACGCAUCCGACAACCACUGCCGCAACCCUGGCGGUGAAGAGAGGCAGCCGUGGUGCUACACAACGAACAAACUGGUCAGAUGGGAGGUUUGUGAUAUUGACCCAUGCGGUAGGUCAUCUCUUAAUAUUCACUUUAGACUUUGAAUUGUACUUGUAAAGGGUUUUUUAAUUUAUUUUCAGUCUCAAGUACUUGGUAUAAGUGUAUUUUUCCUCAUAUUCUAUCCAAAUGAAAGUAUUGAUUCUGUAAAUUGUCAUAGUUUAAAGAUAUUGAUUAAUCCAUUUACCCCUGGAAGUGAUAAGUGGAUGAUAGAGAGGUGAAUUGUUAAUAAAAGUGGCCAAUUAAUGAUAGAAUGGUAAACUGAUAUUAUGGUAAAUUGAUGACAGAAAUGGUAAGAUGGAUUAUUGAAAUGAGGAACUACUGUUAGAGUUAUUCGUUUGAGAAAUUCAUAAAAAUGUGGGUAGGAAAGUUUAGUCAUCAGAUUUUUUGUGUGGUUUAUUUUACAAAGAUGGCCGUAAGAUGGCUGUAAGAUGGCCGUAAGAUGGCUGUAAGAUGGCUGUAAGAUGGCCGUAAGAUGGCCGUAAGAUGGCCGUAUUAUGAAACAAAAGUGCACAAGUACUUAAGUUCGUGGAACGUUUUAGUUUUACACUCAAAAGAGCUUUUUACUAGAAUUUCAUGUUACCUAUUCAAGGAUUAAAAUGUAAUGCUAUAGUUGUAUAAUUGACCAUUCCAUCUACCUAUGACCUUAAAAUUGACCAUUCCAUCUAUAUAGGACCCUGUUUGACCACAAGCUGCCUCCUUCCAUCCUCCUGUCUAUCCAUUUAUCUUAAACUGCGAAUUUCCCCCCCCCCCCCGAAGGUAAUGGUGACACUAAUAAUACAUUGUAUUAUAUGUGGCAGAAGUUUAUCUCCAAAAAAAUGUUCAUUCUAUUUCUAUCUUUCAUCCUCUGCUACCAUCAUUACUUUUCAUGCCAUUGACCACCAUCUUCUCUCAUUUGAUGGUUUUUGCUGUGUCUUCAAUGCAGAGACGGCUAACAUCCCAGCAGAUGACAUGACCAGAAGUGAUGACAUUGAUGAUGACUACCACGAGCAGCUCAUCAUUAUCCUAGUCCCUGUCUUGUUCUGCUGCCUGCUCAUCCCCAUCAUUGGUCUGCUAGUGAAAUGGAAGAAAACCCAGUACAGCUCUACAACUCAGGAUGAUGUUGAUAUUGACGUGGAGAAUUUACCCAUCAACUCGGCUUAUCAUCAGGUGAAAUUCAAUUGACCUAUUUGUGUUUAAGCAGUUGUUUAACAGAGUCGAUGUUUUAGUUUUCAAUGGUUGGAUUCCAUUAAUCUGAAUUCUCAUUGUGACAAGAGAUGGACAUCAUUUGUCUAUAAUCGAAUUAGUCCUAGUCGUUAGAACAUUGAGGAAUCUUGAUGAUCAAGAAUAGAACAUUGAGGUGGUAUCUGUACAAAAUUAAAUUUAAAACAAUUUAAUUAAAAAUAAAAUAAAUAAUAAAUUUAUUAUUAAAAACAUAUAUGAAAGAAUUUACAUCAUUUAUAAUCCAUAUAAAUAUUUAUAUCCAAAUCUUUUUGUGGCGUAAGAAAUAUUUUGCUGUAUGAAAUACACAAAGUCAGUUUAGUUUCUCAAUAUGUGUACAUUUUAUCCAGAAAAUAAAAGUGUCGGUGUGCGGUUGAAGGAAUGUUCAGCCGUACUUCCUGUUAAUCAUGAAGAGAAAAAUUGCAUCAAUUCUUAUUUGUUUAUUGCUACUUACUAGCUAAAUAUUUUAAGGACAAAGAAUUUAUUUUCCCUUUUUUAUUUUUAUGCCCCAUGCUUGCAAAUGAUAUUUUCCUUUCACUAAGUUUCACUAACGUGCAGGUUGAAUGUUUGGCUUGAGCAUGAACAUUGUUGAGUUUCUAUGACUAAUCUUAAUAUAUUUCCCUUCAGAUGAAAUCCAACAGACUAAAUCCCAAACUGGAGACCCUUGAGUUUCCAAGAAAUGAUAUCGUCUUCAUUGAAGAUAUCGGUCAAGGAGCUUUUGGACGCGUGUUCAAGGCCAGAAUCGUUUGCAGCAACGGCAACUCCCACAUCACGGGCGGCAAGCUCAGCGGCAGCAAGCACAGUCUAAGCUGUGGCAAGAACUGCAAGCACAACCGCAAUCCUUUCACCAGCAAAGGAGAUCUCCGCCACAUAGACAUCCACUCCAACUUAAAAAAUAUGGACGUUAAGCAGCUGGGGGAGCAUUUGCUGUGUGACCAUGAGAAGGAGGUCAUCAAGUACAGUGAAGGCCAACUCAUAGCCAUUAAGAUGUUGAAAGAAGAUGCUUCGGAUACCGUGCAAGCAGAUUUUGAGAGGGAAGCAUCCCUCAUGGUCGAGUUUGACCAUCCCAACAUUGUGCGCCUGCUAGGUGUCUGCACGAUUGGGAAGCCGAUGUGCCUGCUGUUUGAAUACAUGAACAAAGGAGAUUUGAAUGAAUUCCUCAGACUCUGUAGCCCUGACCAGUGUCUACGCAGAAGUGACGCAGGCUCUGUCCCGUCACUGGAUGACGUCAGUAGUAUAGACAUUGUUGACCAGCUUCAUAUGGCUCGGCAGAUUUGCAACGGGAUGGUCUAUCUCUCAGAACGAGGCUAUGUCCAUCGCGACCUAGCCACCCGAAACUGUCUAGUGUCCAACAGCCUCACAGUUAAGAUUUCUGACUUUGGAUUGGCUCGCAGUGUGCACAGCAUGGAUUAUUACCACGGCAGUGACAAGGAUGCCAUUCCCAUCCGAUGGAUGCCGCCCGAGGCUAUUCUGUACAACAAGUUCUCCUCGCAGUCAGACGUUUGGUCAUUCGGAGUCCUGUUGUGGGAGAUUUUCUCGUUUGCCCUCCAGCCUUAUUACGGCAUGACACACGAGCAGGUGAUCAACUACCUCCGUGCAGGACACAUACUAGAACUGACAGAAAAUGUGACAUCUGUGGUGUACGACAUCAUGAAGUCAUGCUGGCAUAAAAAGCCAACAUCACGACCCACGUUUGUUUCCCUUCACAAAUCUCUGACUGUGCUCUAUGAAGAACACAGCAAGCAGAAAGCAAGAAGUGCAUUCAGUCUAUGA